ACAAAUGCACGAAUCAUCUAUACAAUAGCUUGUUCCUUGCCCGUUUUGUUGCCCAUUUCAUUCUUACAUUUGGGAUUCUGACGAAUGCCCAAAUCUGCAUAAAUUCAGAUGAAUCUGUAUUAAUCUGAGGCUGAAUUCACGUCUGUUAGAUCAAAAACAAUACUGACCGUCUUACUACCAUUAGCCCUAGGAUGGAAAGAAAAUAGAUUUAUAGAGAAGAACAUGAAAAUAUUUUAUUGACUAAAAGGGGAAGAAGAAAGAAAAACAGAACAAAGAAACGAAACUACCUAAAAUAUACAGAACCUGAAAAUAAUCCAGUGAUAUAUACCCAGCACAUGCUUAUUGUAUGAACCACAGAUUCAUGACACGCAGCUAACUCGUCCAGACGCAUCAAGGUAUUAGUUCCUAAUUUUUUGUUUGGAGGACUGUUCAGUAAAGAUGUCACAACCCUUUGCUGUGUACUUCGCGUUGCUGCUUUCCUUAGGUUUCUGUCAGGAAAAUUUACGCAGUUGUAAAUGGGAUUGUCUUAUCUUUGCACAGAUGUGGCCAGGGUCCUUCUGUCCUUAUUCAGGCAAUUCUUUCAAGUGUCAGAUCCCUCAAUUUGUCAACAGCUGGACCAUACAUGGCUUAUGGCCCAAUGGAGUCACUCAUUGCUGUGACUGCUCGGUCCUAUUCCAGUCACACUUAGAGAAUAUCGAAGGGGAUAUGUCUAUUUACUGGCCGUCUUUUACGAAUGAUACCAACUUCUUCUUUUGGAACAAUGAGUGGACAAAGCAUGGAACAUGUGCCAUAUGUGAUGAACGAUUAAGUUCCCCAGAAAGAUAUUUUGGAGCAUCUCUAAAGCUUUACCAAUCACUCAAUAUUCAGAGAGCUCUAAUGACAGCAAAUAUUGUGCCGACAUGCAACCAAACGUACAAGUAUCUAGAUAUUCUACAUGUUCUACAAGCUGAGAUGGGAAACAAUUUGAAAGUGCAAUGUUCGACCGACUCAAAGGGUCGGCAAUUGCUCAACCAGGUCAUGUUCUCUCUUUAUCCCAACCUGACCUCUGGCAGCUGCUCGCACUUAGGAUUACCAUAUAACUCCUGUGAUAGUCAAAAAAUUCUCUUCCCCCCAAUAAACUACGACCCCCCCCAUGAUCCCUGUCCUUAAAGGGAAAGUCUACUUGAAAAUGCUUAUUGUUUAAAAAUAAGAUAGAUAAGAUAGAUAAUCCCUUUAUUACCCAUUCCCCAGUUUUGCACAAAGAGGGGAAUGUAGGGCUAUAUUAUUUAGGCCCUGUACUGUGCCUUAUCUCUAUGCUAUAUUAUUGUACACUGUUAUAGGCCCACAUUGGCUUAUUUCACUAUUACUGUAACUUUCCAGUAUCAUAACCUUUGUGUUGCUUUGCAUAUGCAUUGCUAAAUGAGCUGUUCUGCUGACAACCACAUAUUACUAAUCAUAUGUCAGGUGCUGAUGAGAAGAAUAUAUUGUUUACUGCUGACAAUGAUAUUAUGUAUUACUGACAAACUCACAUGAUAUAUCCAAAUGUGAUACACCUAUAUAUGGCAAAAUCAUACUUACUUCUGCUUUUUGUAAAACGAUAAAACCUUUGUGUUGCUACAAAUAAAUCAGAAUUGCCAAGAA